AUGGCCUGGCUAUCAGCGAUAUCAACGGUGCUCUCUCUGACAACCUAUCCCAUAACUUAUCUCGCCUACUUUGGAUAUGGCGUCUUGCGACUACUCGUAAACUUACUGAUAGGCCUGGCCCGCUAUCCGCUGCGAUUAGUCCUGUUGCCCUUCAGGGUCCUGGCUCAAUUCGAGGCCAUUCUCAUCUUCAUCACGGCAGCCGUGUGUAUUGGGUUCAUUCUUGGCGCGCUAUUGUAUACCACCACGCACUGGACGGUCGAACUGCUCAAUCAAUGGGUGGGGUUCAUCGUCUCGAGCUUCCCCUCGAAGCCGGAUAUUAAAACCAUAAGGGAUAGUUUGGCGGAACCUUCGGACCUGAUCAGAGGUAGCGGUCAAAGAUGGGGCGGAAAGAAAUAUCUUGAACCUUGGGGUGCGAGUGGGCCUUCGACCUCGACCAUACUGGAGGAGGACGACGAAUCCAGCUCGGCAUACUUGGAGGACUGA